GUGUACUACCACGACAAAAAGGCAUAACCACGAUGCCAACUUCCCGGUGCUUGCUUACGAUGUCAUACGAUAUAGCUUCGACAGAAGCAAAUACUUCACAGAUAGCGCUUAGUAAGGAUAACAACCUAGAAGAACAUGAGUUUAGUGAACCAGCAUGUGAUAAUGAGUUUGAAGGGCCGAUAAACAAUUCUGUAGUUAUUACUCGUGAGAAUAGAGAGUUGGGUCUUUCUAAGGAAAUUCGUGAAGGAGGAAUGUUUCAAA